AUGGCCUACCACGUUUCCUUCAUGAGGCACCUAUCUGAGGACUUUAUUAACAUUCCAGUUCUGAAUACAAAGUUUUACCAGCACAUCCUGGCCUUUAUGUUUGCAAUUGAGGAGAUCAAUCAGAACCCUAACAUCUUGCCCAAUGUCACCCUUGGAUUCCACAUCUAUGACAACUACUCUGAUAAAAGAUGGACUUACCGGACCAUUCUGGACCUGCUUUUCCAUUCUAAUGGGGUUUCCCCCAACUUCAACUGUGGCAUCCAGAAAAAUGUGGUAGGAAUCAUUGGAGGACUGAACUCUGGAACAUGCUCAUUCUUGGCAGACAUCUUAAGUCUUUACAAGAUUCCACAGAUGAAUACAAGAAAACUACAGCAUCCUUACAGUACAUUCCUGAGAGUAAUGCUUGACCCGGUCUUUGGAGGCAAUGUGGCUAUGCUGCUUCCAAAGGAGGUUUUGGCCCAGCCAAAACCUCCCAGCGGUCUCCACCCAUUUCUUCAGAGAAUAUCAUUCAACAAUAGUGCUGGAGAUGAAACUAUGUUCAAUGAUCAUGGAGAAUUAGUCGCUGGGUUCGACGUUACCAACUUGGUCACUUUCCCUAAUUAUUCCUAUAUCCGAGUCAAAGUUGGAAAGCUGGGUGCUCAGACUUCUCCAGGGAAGGAGCUCACCAUUCACGAGGGCAGAAUUGAAUGGCACAGGGGACUCAGUCAGAAUGGUACCCUUCUGCGAUUGGGAAUGGUGGUCCUCUUCCAUCAAGUGCACGGCUUUGAGAAGGAUGCAAAUGGAGCUGUGAGGGAAGAACAUGUCAACCCUGAAGAUCAAUGGGGACAGAAGCCUCCCUUCUCUCUGUGUAAUGACAAGUGCUACCCCGGUUACAGCAGAAAAAUGAAGGAGGGAGAGAAAUUCUGCUGUUACGAUUGUGCUCCAUGUCCGCUAGGGAAGAUGUCGAACCAAGAAGAUAUGGAUUAUUGCAACACUUGCCAAGAGGGUCACUAUCCAAACAAGGUCCAAGAUCAAUGCAUCCCCAAGAUUCGCACCUUCCUUUCCUUUGCAGAUCCUUUGAGUGUUUUUUUAGCCUUUAUGGCUGUGUUCUUUUCUCUGACCACAGCUGUGGUGCUUGCCAUCUUCAUCAAGUACAAAGACACUCCCAUAGUCAAAGUCAACAACCGGAGCCUCACAUAUACUCUUCUUGUCUCUCUCUUCCUUUGCUUCCUCUGCUCUUUGCUCUUCAUCGGACAGCCAAACACGGUGACCUGCCCCCUCCGACAAACAGCUUUUGGAGUAAUCUUUUCCAUUGCUGUAUCUUCUGUGUUGGCAAAAACAAUAGUAGUUGUGGUGGCCUUUAUGGCCUCCAAGCCAGGCAACCUUUUCCGGAAGUUGGUGGGGAAAAGACUGGCAUAUUCUAUUGUCAUUUUCUGCUCCUCCAUUCAAAUUGUCCUUUGUGCUCUUUGGUUGGGCGCUUCUCCUCCCUUCCCAGAUUUGGACAUGCAUUCACUGAAUGCAGAAAUUAUAAUGCAGUGUAAUGAAGGGUCAGUCAGCCUGUUUUAUUGUGUCUUGGGUUAUAUGGGCUUCCUGGCCAUUGUCUGCUUCACUGUGGCUUUCCUGGCCAGAAAGUUGCCUGACAGUUUUAAUGAAGCCAAGUUCAUCACUUUCAGCAUGUUGGUCUUUUGCAGUGUUUGGCUUUUCUUCCUGCCAACUUACUUGAGCACAAAAGGAAAAGACAUGGUGGUCUUGGAGAUCUUCUCCAUCUUGGCCUCCAGUGCUGGGUUAUUAGGCUGCAUCUUUUUGCCAAAAUGUUACAUUUUAAUAGUAAGGCCUGAGAUGAACAACAGGGAGCAUUUGAUAAGAAAACAAAUUCUAGUCUGUAAUAAAAAGAUUCAUCCCACAAAUUAUCAGACAAUAAGGGAUGCAAUAGAUCUAUACCUGAAACCAUGGAGAGCUGCUGCGAAUGUUGAUAAUGCUGUACUGGAUGGAGACCAAUGA